GCUGCGCGCCGAUUGGUCAACGCCGCCCGCACGCGUCUGACCGUCAUGGCGGCCACACGAGUGGUUCCCAAAUUCUGGAAGCCAGGGACGGAGGCGCCUGGAGUUGGGGAGGAGCGAGCUACUGCGGGGGAAGAGGCCUCCACGGCAUUUGUGUACAACCCUCACACCUCCCUUUCCAUCCAGCAGCAGCGACAGCGUUUGCCCAUAUUCAUGCACAGGAAUCAUAUCCUUUACCUGGUGGAGAAAUACCGCACUGUUGUGAUUGUGGGUGAGACUGGAUGCGGUAAAAGCACACAAAUUCCCCAGUACCUGGCAGAAGCCGGCUGGACAGCGGAGGGACACGUCGUGGCCAUCACGCAACCACGGAGGGUCGCAGCGACCACGGUCGCAGCGCGAGUUGCCGAGGAGAGAGGCGCGUUGCUGGGUCACGAGGUCGGCUACUGCAUUCGCUUUGACGACUGCAGUGACCCUCAAGCCACUCGCAUAAAGUUUUUGACGGACGGCAUGCUGGUGAGGGAAAUGAUGGCUGAUCCACUGCUGAAGAAGUACAGCGUUAUUAUACUGGAUGAAGCCCAUGAACGGACUCUGUACACCGAUAUCGCUCUUGGCCUGCUAAGAAAGAUACAGAAGAAGAGAGAAGAGCUGAGGAUCAUUGUCGCAUCUGCUACUCUUGAUGCAGAGAAAUUCCAGAAGUUCUUCAACCACAAUGACACAUCGGACCCCAACAAGGACACAAGCGCCAUCCUAACCGUGGAGGGACGCACCUACCCCGUGGAGAUUUUCUACACGCACAGUCCUGUGCCAGACUAUGUGAAGACCACGGUAGAGACAAUCAUGAAAAUUCACAACGAUGCAGCGGACGGAGACAUCCUGGCCUUCCUGACCGGACAGGAGGAGGUGGAGAACGUCGUGUCGGCCGUGGUGGAGGAGGUGCGUGCGGCGGCGGCUCGCACCAAGGGCAGCCUGCACAAGCACGUGCGCGCCCUGCCCAUGUACGCCGGGCUGCCUUACGUUGACCAGAUGAAGGUGUUUGAGCGUGUCGGCCGCAGCUGUCGCAAGGUGGUGGUGGCAACCAAUGUGGCGGAGACCUCGGUGACGGUGCCGGGCAUCGCGUUCGUGGUGGACUGUGGCUUUGUGAAGCUGCGCGCCUACGACCCUCGCCGUGCCGUCGACGCGCUGCUCGUGACGCCGGCAUCGCGGGCGUCGGCACAGCAGCGUGCCGGCCGGGCCGGGCGGAGCCGCCCGGGGAAGUGUUACCGUCUCUAUCCAGAGUCGGAGUUCGCGAAGCUGCCCGAGGCGACGGAGCCCGAGAUGCGGCGGAGCGACAUGGCGCCCGUCAUUCUGCAGCUCAAGGCGCUCGGCAUCGACAACGUCCUGCGUUUCUCCUUCCUCUCGCCGCCUCCAGCUGAGUCCAUGGUGCAAGCCGUGGAGCUACUCUACGCUUUGGGAGGCCUUGAUGAGCAGUGUCAGCUGACGGAGCCUCUAGGAGUGCGCAUGGCUGAGUUCCCGAUGGGACCCAUGUAUGCCAAGAUGCUGCUGGAAUCAGGAACCUUUGGUUGCUCAAAAGAGAUUAUCACCAUCGCCGCCAUGAUGCAGAUUCAGAACGUGUUCCUUUCUCCGCCCAACCAGAAGAUAAAGGCCGCUCGUCAGCAGCGUAAGUUUGCCGUGGAAGAGGGCGAUCACAUGACGAUGCUGAACGUGUUUGAGGCAUUCGUGAAGCACAACAAGAGUUCUGCCUGGUGCCAGCAACACUUCCUCAACUACAAGGGGCUAGUGCGGGCUGGAAUCCUGCAGGAGCAGCUUCGGAAGCUUCUUCGAAGGUUCCACAUCCCCAGCAACUCCAGCAACGGAGACGCAGACCCUGUGCGGAGAUGCAUUGUGUCCGGGUUCUUCGCCAAUGCCGCCAAACUACACCACAGUGGAGCCUACAGGACGGUACGCGACGACUUUGAGCUCCACAUCCACCCGACCUCCAUGCUCUAUGCCGAGAAGCCACCGCAGUGGGUGGUGUUUAACGAGGUGGUGCAGACAUCUCGCUUCUUCAUGAGGGACGUGACGGCGGUGGAGCCGGCCUGGCUCACGGAACUUGCUCCGCACUUCUUCCAGCAGAGCACGGAUUUUUCUCAAGCAUCCAAGCGGUCGCGACCAUCGUAGCGGCGUCUCGCACAGUACAGCGAGCCCGGCGGUAGCCACGGCGAGUCCUGUGAGCCAGCGACUCGGAAGUGGGUGGGGGUCCAUCAUCUUGGUUCUUUCGGUAAAGUCACAUAGAAGGGAAGUAAUAAAAUAAUAAACAUAAUAAAAUAAUUCUCACAACGUUUCGACCACAACGCAAGCAGCCGUUUAUUAUGUUUUAUUUUUAUUAUUUUAUUACUUCCCUUCUACGUGACUUUACCGAAAGAACCAAGAAGAUGAAUCCCUGCAGUCACGAAAGCUUUAAAUCGAAAUUUAAGUGGGUGGGGGUCGGUGGAUCGUGCAGAGACGGAGCCAUCGUGCGUGCCGGGAGAUGGUGGGAUGGUAACCUGUGGGAUGUGAUUACAUCAAAUAGACGCGACACACAGUUCAGUGAGCCCUCUCUCUACGUUGCUCCUAUUUCUACGUUGUUUCGCUGUAACAUAGCCAACGAAUUAGGGAACAUAAUGGGAUUUUAAAUUAAUUGAUUCACUCCGUUUUGAAAUUUUUUAAAGAAAAGAACGCGGGAGGUUGGGUGGUGUGCGUCAAUACGCGCUAUGCCAUGGUGCCCCCUAGUGGGCGCUAAAGCCUCUUCGUUUACAACAUACUGUACACUGUACCACCCUCUCUAAAUACAAUCUCUCGCGCCAUCUCUGGUGAGGACUUUGUAUUACCGUAUAUAUUUAAACUUGUGUACUAUCGUUUUGGCCAUCUUUUGUUAUCUUUUGUGGCAUUGUGCAAACUUUCACCCAAAUAUUACCCCCUGGGACGUGUCCUAAAUUUAUAUCAUUAAAGUCGGUGGUUAAAUAGUUUUCGAUGUACGCUGUCCGUCAAAUGCCGUGCUUCCCAGGGAUGCAUCCGCCACGUAAAUAGAGGGCUUCCUCUACAAUGUCAUAUAUCCACCUGGACCAAUUAACCGACCGCAUCCAGUGCCAGAUGUGUACGUGGAGUCGCCAUUUUAUAUGCAUGUUUACUUAAACAACAUUUUCAACGAUCUACCUAUGCCUCUCUCGCCAGUGAGUCGGAUAUGCGACGCACUGCUGUAACAACCAGCUUCAGUGUUAUCCCCUCUUAUGAGGGGGUUUCCUCAGGUUUGCUCCCACAUGCAUAAUACUAUAAGGGACAGAUUACAAACACGUUGAAGAAAUCCCCCCCCCCCCCAAGUUAUUUAAAGAUACAUUUAAAACAUAUUUUUGUACAAAAAUUGUAAGUGUUGUGUAAAUACUGCUUGCAGUGUAUAGUACGAAUAGUGUGCCAUGUUUUGUUGCACUAACUCAUUAAACUUAAGAUUUAGAAAAAAUUGUGGUAAUGUAAAACAUGAAUCGACCCUCUCAGCAGCCAUGAUUGGUCCACUCCUAGAUGAAGGGUACCUGCUUAUGAUGUCAGCACACAUUUGUUUUCGUAUUUAGUGUAACCUUAAUGUUAGGUUCAAGUUUUCGGAAUAGUUUAGGGGUAGUGGUAGGGAUAGUAGUAUGGUUACGAGUUAUAAUAAUUAUGCGAGAGUAUAGAUUCAUACUAUUUUAAGGCUGAGUCGACCUAGGGCAGACCCAGUAUAGGUACAGAGACUAAAUUAAGGCUGAGUUUAUCUCAGGGAACACAUUUUGUAAAUUAAACCCACUUGUCCACCCACUAGUAUAUUUGGGUGCACCACAGUAAGUUGAAACUAAACUUUUUAUUUCACCAGGUAAGGCCCAAUGAGCUGUAUAGCUCUUUAUCAGAAGCUCAACGAAGUGGCUUACGGUAAAACCUUGGAUUGCGAGCAUCCAAAGCACUCGUAUAUCAAAGCACUCGUAUAUCAGUUGUGAUCACGUGAUGCUUGGCAGACAAAGCGUAUACACGUACUACUCGUAUGGCAAGACUUCGCUCGUUCAUCAAAUUAAUAUUUAUUGUAAAAAUUUGCUUGUCUUUCAAAACACUCGCAGACCAAGUUACUCGCAAUCCAAGGUUUUACUGUAUGUGGAAAUUUAUAGCAGCCAAAUACUCGAAACGUCCCAAGGGGUGAGACGGCAUUGGCGAUAUUUCAAGCCGCACGUUAACAAAACAUGGAAUGUGUUGCUUGUGGUAAAUAUAAAAAUCUAAUUGUGGGGUCUUAAGGGGGAGGCUAUCCCGUACAAUAUGAUAGAAGUUAAACAUACGUACAUACAUCACCCCCGUUUCCCCACCCUUGGAUCCGCCAAGACCCUAGCACGUUUUGCGUGACCACACGAGGCGUGCGGCAAGCGCUGGGCGCGUGUGCAGACGAGGGCUCGCCUGCUCCCCGCAGCAGCAGCAGCACGUGACCCCCGUGCCCUCCGGUUCCUUCAGAGGCUUCAGAGACGUGUCCACCUGAAGCACCUGACAGCCGGGAGGCAGUGGGAUGGUUAAGCGGAGAGCAUCCGUCUUAGUAAAAUAAGACCGUGUUCAAGACCGAGUAGACAUGUGUGUGUACUGUCAUUUAUUCAUUUUUAUAUUUAUUUUUUAUUGAGCCAAUGUCUGGGCCCAAUACUGUGAUUUCCACUUUUAAUAUUCAGGUUGGAGUUUUCUUCUACGUUUUUCCUCCGUGCUCUCUUCCUUCACUGUGGUGGAUGAGGAUGGUGUCGAUGCCUUGCUUGAUGUUGAAUCGCUGUGCUCCUGGAAGAUGUUGAAUCCAGCAGUUCCAGCAUCAAACUGCUGCAUCAGGAUAUUCAAAUUCACCCUGAAAAUCUAAAAUUGCUCAUUUC